AGGGAGGAGGGAGGGACGGGGAGCAGGAUCGGGAGAGGUGCUCUGUGCGCGCGCGCGGCCGGACUGCCCGCAGAGGGCAGCAGAGUCGAUGCAGAUGCUGGUCCGUGGGGCCUGGCUCCUCCCCCCAAGCCUCUGGGCUCGGAAUCCGGCCUGGCCGCAAAGCGGCGCUGAGUUCCGAGGCAAAGCCACACCCAGCCGUCUGCAGCGGGUGAGCUUCGGGUGCUCUUCCCUCUGCGGGUGAAUCAGCCCCUCCGCACGCAAGCCAGCAGCAGCAGCAGCAGCAGCAGCAGCCGGCCCGAGCCGCCCCGGCGUAGCCCUGCUCCUCCUGCCUGCAGCCUCCUCCUCCUCCUGGGCUUCUCCGCGCUAAGAGCCCCAUUACCCAGGCCGUGGCAGCUGCCCAGCACCAGAUCCAUGUCGGGCAUGGCAGUCAGAGUGCUCAAAGAUCGGGAGGCGGCGUCCGGCCUGGGCUCUCACGAGCAGGCAGUCAAGUACCUCAACCAGGACUACGAGGCCCUUCUCAACGAAUGCCUCGAGGAGGGCAAACUCUUCCAGGACCCUUCCUUCCCGGCCUGUAUAUCUGCCCUGGGGUUCAAGGAACUGGGACCACACUCGAGCAAAACUCAGGGCGUCGUCUGGAAGAGACCCACGGAGAUCUGCUCUGAUCCUCAGUUUAUUGUUGAAGGAGCGACCCGCACAGACAUCUGUCAAGGAGCCCUAGGUGACUGCUGGUUGCUGGCAGCCAUCGCCUCCCUCACCCUGAAUGAAGAAAUUCUGGCCAGGGUGGUCCCUAAAAACCAAAGCUUCCAGGAAAACUAUGCUGGGAUCUUCCAUUUUCAGUUCUGGCAAUAUGGCGAGUGGGUAGAUGUGGUGGUGGAUGACAGGCUACCCACCAAGAACAAGGAGCUGCUCUUUGUCCACUCGGCAGAGGGAAGUGAAUUCUGGAGUGCCCUCCUGGAGAAAGCCUAUGCCAAGGUCAAUGGAUGUUAUGAAGCUCUCUCAGGAGGGGCUACCACAGAGGGCUUUGAGGACUUCACUGGUGGGAUAGCUGAGUGGUAUGAGCUGAAUAAAGCCCCUGCCAACUUGUUCACCAUCAUCCAGAAGGCCCUGCAGAAGGGUUCUCUCCUCGGCUGCUCCAUUGAUAUCACAAGUGCUGCAGACUCAGAGGCAGUGACUUUUCAGAAGCUGGUGAAAGGACACGCAUACUCAGUCACUGGAGCAGAAGAGGUGGAAUUUAGAGGAAGCCUUCAGAAGCUGAUUCGCAUCCGAAAUCCCUGGGGAGAAGUCGAAUGGACCGGAAAGUGGAGUGACAACUGCCCUAACUGGAACAGCAUAGACCCAGAUGAGAGGGAGAGACUGACCAGGCGAUAUGAAGAUGGAGAAUUCUGGAUGUCUUUUGGUGACUUCCUGAGGCACUAUUCCCGCCUAGAGAUCUGCAACCUAACCCCAGAUACGCUAACCAGUGAAAGCUACAAGAAGUGGAGACUCACCAAGAUGGACGGGAGCUGGAGGCGGGGUUCUACUGCAGGGGGCUGCAGGAACUACCCAAACACUUUCUGGAUGAACCCUCAAUACAUGAUCAAGCUAGAAGAGGAAGAUGAGGAUUCUGACGGCUCAGAGCCAGGAUGCACCUUCCUAGUGGGCCUCAUCCAGAAACAUCGGCGACGCCAAAGGAAAAUGGGAGAGGAUAUGCAUACUAUCGGCUUUGGUAUCUAUGAGGUUCCUGAGGAGUUUUCUGGUCGGACCAACCUUCACCUCAACAAAAGCUUCUUUCUGACAACCAGAGCAAGGGAGAGGUCAGACACAUUCAUCAAUCUCCGGGAAGUGCUGAACCGCUUCAAGCUGCCUGCUGGAGAAUAUGUCAUCGUGCCUUCUACGUUUGAACCCCACAAGAAUGGGGAUUUCUGCCUUCGAGUCUUUUCAGAGACGAAAACUGACUCUCAAGUUGUCGACGAUGAAAUUGAGGCCACCCUGGACGAGAAUGAAGUUGAUGAAGACAGCAUUGAUGACAAUUUCAGGAGACUGUUUGCUCAGCUAGCUGGGGAGGAUGCGGAGAUCUCUGCCUUUGAGCUGCAGACCAUCCUGAGAAGAGUCCUAGCAAAACGUCCAGAUAUCAAGUCGGAUGGCUUCAGCAUCGAGACUUGCAAGAUCAUGGUUGACAUGCUAGAUGCUGAUGGGAGUGGCAAACUCGGGCUGAAGGAGUUCUACCUUCUCUGGUCAAAAAUACAAAAAUACCAGAAAAUUUACAAGGAGAUGGAUGUGGAUAGAUCCGGCACCAUGAAUGCCUACGAGAUGCGUAAAGCAUUAGAAGAAGCAGGUUUCAAGCUACCCUAUCCGCUCCAUCAAGUCAUCGUAGCUCGGUUCGCAGAUGAUGAGCUCAUCAUCGACUUUGAUAACUUUGUUCGGUGUUUAGUUCGACUGGAAACACUGUUCAAGGUAUUUAAGCAGUUGGACCCUGAGAACACCGGGACAAUAGAACUCAAUCUUACCAGUUGGCUGUGUUUUUCGGUCCUUUGAUGUAAUAACUGACCCUAUUGAAGACUUCUUGAAAUUACGGUGACCUUAAGACUAAUCUUCCAUAAAAGAAACACUGUGUCCUGGUUUUGAUCUGCACCUUGAGUUUAUGAAUAGCAACUGCUUGAACUGAUGAUUAGGACUGACAAAAAGUAGCAUUGUCAAGUACUUGGGAGAUCAAAAUUUCCCCAUACCCAGAGCAAGAGAUCUGUAGCCUCAUUACAUUAUAUGCAAAAAAGUGUAGUUUAGCCCUUUGCAACCUCGAGGAAAGCUUUAAUUUUGCAAAUAGGACAUACUUUUUUUUUACAUACUUACAUACACACAUAUAACAAUAUUAAGUCAAGAAAAAUGCAGGGAGAAACCUAAUACCUAUGCAAACAUGAGGCAGUUUUUAAAGGAACCAACCCCUCACUGUGCAUAAAGUAUUUACAUUUGCAAAUUUAGCUGACAUCCCAGAAGUGACAAUGAGGUCACCAUUUCAUUUAAACAAGGUGGAAAAUAUAACAUAUCAGAAGGUCCAUGUGGCAUAAAGGAAAGAACACUUGAUUUGAUGUCAGAAGACCUGGACUCAUAUCUACUUCCUACCAUAUGUCUCCUUGGGCAGAUUACUUAAUUCUCUGAGUUUCCGUUCCAUAUCCAUAAAAUGAAGGGGUCGGAUUAGAUUGCAUCAAAAGGCCCUUCCUUUAAAUGCCAUGAAAUAAAUAACCUGACAAGACAUUUAAAGACUUGAGAUGAGAAAGAGAUGGCUGAUAAUAGAAAGGGCAAUGAAUCCUCAGAAUCAGAAGGUCUGGGUCUAAGUCUUAACAAUUCCAAGAUGUGUGACCUUGGAUGAGUCAGUUUAUCUGGGCCCUGGUUUCCUCAUCUGUAAAAUGAAGGGGUUGGCCUAGGUGAUAUCCGAAGGUCACUAAUGGCUCUGAAGCCUAUGAUUUUGCUUCUACUCUUCAAGUCCUUUGGGCUGAGCAGUCCUGAAAAUAGCAAAUCAUUAUCUUUAACCUGAAGAAGUACUAGAGCAAAAGAAUCUGGUCUUCUCAAUGUUAUAUAGAGUGAAACAUUUAGGGAUUUUAUAUUAAUUAACUGCAGCUCUGGACCAAUCAGAAGACUGUGCACGAAAGCCAGACUAUCGUGUUUUUAUGAGGACAAAGGACACCAACAAGCUGCUUGAUGGCUCAGUACUUUGGCAACUAUUGACUUCAAGAAUUCGGUUGGCUUGUUGGUACAGUUAAGGUCAUCAGGAAAUAAUUCCAUGUUAUUUCCUAAUUAUCAUCAAAUAAAUAUAAGCAAUAUUACUACAACUACAAAAAAUCACCUUGUUUCCCUUUCUUUCAAAUAAAUAUGAUUAAUUAGAAUAAAGAAAUUACAAUAUGAUAUUUCUUAGCAGGAGGCACCAGUGGGAACAGGUCAAAAGCACCUAUGAUUGUCUUAGCUCUAUUCCCGAACCCAAUAUAAUCUUUGCAAAUCCAUGCAUGAAUAAAAGGAAAGUCAUUUUUCUGUAAACAAAAAUGAACUAUACAGUACUGAUAAAUGAUCUAAUCAUAAA